UCACAGUAACGCUGGAGGGGUUAUACACACACAUACACACACACACACACACACACGCACACACAUACACGCACACACAAGAUACUCAAACUCACCAGAUUACUGAGGAAAUGUCUCAAACUCAAGCAAAGCUGACACAAAAUCCUCUGGAGAAGACCUGGGUCCCAUGGAUGCAAAGACUGAGCAGACGUAGAGGAUCCUCCGUCCCCCAGUUCACCAACUCCCCGACCAUGAUCGUGAUGGUGGGACUGCCCGCACGAGGAAAAACCUACAUCUCCAAGAAACUCACCAGAUACUUAAACUGGAUCGGGGUGACAACCAAAGUUUUUAAUGUUGGGCAGUACAGAAGAGAAGCCACAAGCUCCUACAACAGCUAUGAGUUCUUCAGCCCCGACAACGCAGAGGCCAUGAACAUACGCAAGGCAUGUGUCGUCACUGCUCUACAAGAUGUCAGCGACUACUUCACCAUGAAGCAGGGUCAGGUUGUGGUUUUUGAUGCAACCAACACGACUCCUGAGCGCAGAGAAGUCAUCCUCAACUUCACCAAAGAAAACGGCUACAAGGCUUUCUUUGUGGAGUCGAUAUGUGAUGACCCCUCAGUGAUUGAUGAGAAUAUCAAACAGGUCAAACUGACCAGUCCGGACUAUGAAGGCUGCGAUAAAGAGGAGGCUUUGGCUGACUUCCUGAAGAGGAUUGAAUGUUACAAACAGACCUAUGUUCCUCUGGAUGACGACAAGGACAGGAACCUGUCGUACAUUAAAAUCUUCAACGUAGGCAGCAGAUACCUGGUGAACCGAGUCCAGGACCACAUUCAGAGCAGGAUCGUCUACUACCUCAUGAACAUCCACGUCGCCCCAAGAUCCAUCUACCUUUGUCGCCACGGAGAGAGCGAGCUCAACAUUGCGGGUCGCAUCGGGGGAGACUCUGGGCUUUCCAAUCGGGGGGCAGAGUUUGCCAGAGCGCUGGGUUCGUACAUGCGCGAGCAGCGCAUCAGUGACCUCAAGGUCUGGACCAGUCACAUGAAGAGGACCAUCCAGACGGCAGAGUUCCUGGGGGUCCAGUACGAACAGUGGAAGGCCCUAAAUGAGAUCGAUGCUGGCGUUUGUGAGGAGAUGACGUAUGAGGAGAUCCAGGAGAACUUCCCCGAGGAGUUCGCCCUGAGGGACCAGGACAAAUACCGCUACCGCUACCCGAAAGGAGAGUCGUACGAGGACCUGGUCCAGCGUCUGGAGCCCGUCAUCAUGGAGCUGGAGAGGCAGGAAAACGUUUUAGUCAUCUGCCACCAAGCUGUCAUGAGAUGUCUGCUGGCCUACUUCCUGGACAAGAGCGACGGUGAGCUGCCCUACCUGAAGUGUCCUCUCCACACCGCUCUGAAACUUACCCCAGUCGCCUACGGUUGUAAAGUGGAGUCCAUCUUUCUUAAGGUUGAAGCUGUCAACACUCACAGAGACCGGCCAGAGAAUGUGGACGUGGACAGAGACCCUGCGGAGGCAUUAGAGACGGUCCCCGAUCACGUCUAGAGCACAAAUGGAGAAGAUCCCUUUUUCUUUAUGGAAGUAUUUUUUCUAAUUUAUGAAAUCACACAAAAAAAAAUACUGUAUAGUUAUUGAGGUCAGUGUUAUGAAGUUUUAUAAUGUGUUGGAGGCAGUUUUGUUUAAACUGAUCAUUUCUGCGGGACACCGAACAUUUGAUGUAACUGCCGGUUCCUGCUCCAUCUCCCCAUCCAUCCUUGUUCUGUAAAAUCACACGGCUGUGAGAAUCCAGGAAAUACAACGUAUCAGAUUAAAUUAUGAAAUAAUUUGGCCAGA